AUGGGGAGGGAGGAUGUGAGGUUUGAGAAGUGGGUGGUUGGGCAGGUUGGGGAGAAGCUGGAUGGGGAGAAGGGUGUGAGGAAGGAGAUUGCGUACUGUGCGCAGGAAGUUCAGGUUGGUAAAUCGGGGGUCGUGGGGGCUCCGAUGGUGCUGCCGUUUGAUGCGCUGUAUGAUCGACCGGCGGGGAUUAAUGCGGUGGGGGAGAAGGAUGUGCGGAUUGAGGAUUGGCAGUUUUUGGAUAUUGCUACACUGUAG